CGUGCGUGUGUGUGUGCACGGAACCAAUAAACCAACGAAAGGUGGCAAAAGUGUAACAUAAGCGAAAGAAUCGACUCAUUUCGCCUACUCCGUUCGAGAGUGCUUCUUGUGUCUGUGUGUGUGUGUGCGUUUGUGUUUAUAGUGUUCUUCACUGUCAGCUGUCACAUUAGCGAAGGCGCCCGCUGCCCGCCGCCUAGAACGCAAAAAUUGGAUUGAAGCAAGAAGUUUAAACGUUGCGUCGUGAACAGCGAAUAAAUACAGAUACAUCGAUACACUGCGCGUAUAGAGCCGUGCCGCCCUUAAAAGGCAGCAAUUUAAACCACCUCAGUAUACCGCUUCGUGAACGAUCAAAUGGUACAGCAGUGCAGCGGUGGUGAACCACCAUCACGGUGGUGGCGGUUGUCCUAAUGUCCUUUCGCAGGGAUAGCGCCACCGCCAUUCGGUUCCCGUCGCAGAAGGAGCCGGAUGUGAACCGCUUUCGUCGCAAACGUUACCAACACUGGUUAGCACUAGUAUCGUACCGGUGUGGCGAUCAAAUCAAUAAUAGUUGUGAUUUUCACUAUCACCAAACGCUGUAAAGUAGAAACAGCGAAUGUACCAGAGUAGAUUCUAAUCUUCCGCCCGUUUAGCAUCGCAUUUCUGGUUUUUUGCAGCAGUGUUAAAUUGUUGCACCAUAGCAUUAAAAUUAUUAGGCGGAUUGCGGUUCGCAGACUGCAUAGAUACUGUUCACAGAGCAACGACGAAUGAAACAAAAGUAGCACCCGAGGCUUAGAUAGGAUUUAAGAAAUCUAUCGCUGAGAUAAUAAGGAACAGAUAGCACCAUCCAGAGCAAGGGGGAAGGUUAGCAGAAUUGACUGUAAACAGUGCAAAAUUUAGAAAAGUAUCGCAAUCAAACAUAGCAACGAUAUAUAUGGCAGCGACGAUGGCUUCCGAUCAGAAGGAUGUUCUCGCUGGACUGAAUCUAUCCAAACUGUCCGUUCAAUCACCCGCGGCUCGCCUAAAAGAGCUGGAAAACCUGAUCCUUGAUCAGGUUACCUGCAGCGGUACAAAUAAUAACUUCAGUAACAACGGCAGCAAUGGAACCGCCACAAACAAUAGCGUCAGCAGCCCGCUGUUCGGCACCAUCCUCAGUGGUGCUGUUGCAGCUGCCGGUUUGUCGGCGGAAAAGUUCCUGUCGGUGGAAACGAUGGUAGACUGUCUGCUGGUGCUGUACGACGAAUGCUGCAAUUCGUCGCUGCGCCGCGAAAAGACCGUGUCCGAUUUUAUCGAGCUGAUGAAGUCGGUUGUGCAGAGUAUCAAACAGUUACGGCUGUCACGUGAUGACUUCGAGGUGCUGAAGGUGAUCGGUCGCGGUGCAUUCGGUGAGGUGUGCGUCGUACGGAUGCAUCACACUAGUCAGAUCUACGCGAUGAAGAUACUGAACAAAUGGGAAAUGUUGAAGCGCGCCGAAACGGCUUGCUUCCGAGAGGAGCGGGAUGUGCUGGUCUUCGGUGAUCGGCGGUGGAUAACGAAUUUACAUUACGCUUUUCAGGAUGACAUUAACCUGUAUCUCAUUAUGGAUUACUACUGUGGCGGUGAUCUGUUAACGUUACUGAGCAAGUUCGAGGAUCGUCUGCCCGAGGACAUGGCACGGUUCUAUAUAGCGGAAAUGGUACUGGCGAUACAUAGCAUCCACGAGCUGAAGUACGUGCACCGGGACAUUAAACCGGAUAAUAUAGUGCUGGACGCAAGUGGGCAUGUGCGGUUGGCCGAUUUUGGCUCCUGUUUGCGUCUCGGUCCACAGGGUACGGUACAGUCGAACGUUGCGGUUGGUACACCCGACUACAUUUCACCAGAGAUCCUGCGUGCGAUGGAAGACGGCCAGGGAAAGUAUGGUCCAGAGUGUGAUUGGUGGUCGCUGGGUGUUUGCAUGUACGAGAUGCUGUUCGGCGAGACGCCAUUCUACGCGGAGAGUCUAGUCGAGACGUACGGCAAAAUCAUGAACCACAAAAACUCGUUCGAUUUUCCAAACGACGAUGAAGAGUAUGGUGUGAGCGAACAGGCGAAGGAUUUGAUCCGACGGUUGAUCUGCGCACCCGAAUACCGGCUCGGCCAAAACGGUAUCGACGACUUUAAGGCACACCCGUGGUUCGAGGGCAUCAACUGGGACACGAUACGAAACGGGCAGGCACCAUACAUACCGGAGGUUUCUAGUCCAACAGACACGUCAAACUUCGACGUGGAUGAUACGGACAUCAAGCUGUCCGAUGCCGUACCGCCAACGACAAACCCUGCCUUCUCCGGUCAUCAUCUGCCAUUCGUGGGCUUUACCUUUACCAAGGACAGCUCCUUGUCGGACGUAGGCCGAUUGUCGCGUGCCAUCACGACGAACAGCAUUAGUCAACCGCUGCCACCGUUGAAGCUGGAAAAGCACGGUUCGGAGGAAAAGCAACGGCUCAGUCCGGACAGUACGCGUAAGCUGCAGGAUGAAAUCAACAUCCUGACCAAGCGCAACUGCGAGCUGGAGAGCCAGAUCAAGAGCUUCGAACGAGUGGGCGCACUAUCGGUGGGAACGGCGGCCUCCGCUGACUCCGUCGAUGGACAGGUAGAUGCAAAGCUAAAGGAGAACGAGAAAAUAAUACGUUUGUUGCGGCAAGAGAAAGAUGAUUUGCAGAAAGAGCAUCAGGAUGCAAUCGAUCGAUUAAAACAGCAGGAUAAGGAGCUGAAAGAUGCGCUGGAGCAGCGCAAGCUGGCGAUGGCCGAAUAUACGGAAGUAACCGAUAAGCUUUCCGAUCUGCGCCAACAAAAGCAGAAAUUGUCGCGGCAGGUACGCGAUAAGGAGGAAGAGCUGGAGGUGACAAUGCAGAAGGUGGAUACACUGCGCAGUGAGUUGCGCAAAACGGACAAAUUGCGCCGUGAGCAGGAUGCUCGCGUUCAGGAUCUAAUCUCGGAGCUGAACCGGGAGCGUCAACAGCGCGAGCGUUCCGAGGAGUGUUACCGCCAGUUACAGAUGGAAGCACGCAGCCGCAGUUCCUCGGAACUCGGAUCGUCCAAUUCGCUUGGUAUCUCUUCCUCCGAUUCUAUCCGGCUAGAAAUCGACCGGCUGGAGGUGGAGUACAGCGAAAAGAUCAACCAGCAACAGACGCGCUACAACAUAGAAAUAUCGGCGCUGCGGGAUCAGCUAAAUGAGGCGGACAACCAUCGGGAGAUGCUUCAGCGGGAGCUGCAACAAGCGCGGGAAAAGCUUGACUCGAGCCGGCUUGAAUCACUCACAGACUCGGAGGAAACGAUCCUAGAGUUGCGCAAGCGGCACGAGCGCGAGAAAAAGAUUCUGCUCGACGAUAAUCGUAAAUUGAUUACGGAUCUGGAGAUGAUCAGUGAAUCGAACCGCCGUCUGACGGCUGAACGGCUGCAAAUGGAAAGCGAAUAUGAGGACCUAAGAAAUAGACGCCAAGCAUUCAGCCAAUGGGAACGUCAGAUAGCGGAGAUCAUCCAGUGGGUAUCGGACGAGAAGGAUGCACGCGGCUAUCUGCAGGCGCUCGCAACGAAGAUGACCGAAGAGCUCGAAUAUCUGAAGCACAGCGGACCUCUGAAUCACAAUGCGAGCGACAACAAAAAUUGGCGCAAUCGACGCUCGCAAAAGCUCGACAAAAUGGAACUGCUGAACCUGCAAAGUUCGCUGCAGAACGAAAUUCAAGCAAAGGCAGUAAUUUCCGAAGAGCUUACGCGCACCAGAACCGAUCUCGUAGCGGCUCAAAAGGAUUUGCGGGAGACGCGCCAGAUCUGUGAAUCAAUUGGUAGUGAGCUGAAACGCAAAGAAAGCGUGAUAAAGGAUCUACAGCAGCGGCUUGAAUCUAACGAAGGAUUCCUGGAAAGGCCCUCCUCGCAGAUGUCCUAUCUGGAUCACUUUUUGAAAGAGUCGGGAGGCGUUGGAAGUGGAGGUGGUGGAGGCGGAGGCGGAGGUGGUUCCAGUUCAACGACGCACACAAACUCAACGUUGGCCAUCAACAUGCCAACAGCCGGAUCGAGCAGUAGCACUGUACCACCGCACCGCAAAAGCAGUAGCGGUAGCCAGCACGUAAACACAUCCACCAGUUCCUCGUCGAACAAUCUCACCUCCACGAAUGCACCGCACCUUAAUCAAACCCAUAAUCAAAGCCUCUCCUCACUACACCAACAACAAUUACACCACCAACAGGUACAGCAGCAGGGUCAGGUGCAAACGCAGCAGAUGCAAUCCCAGCACACGUACAGCAAUCAGCAACAGUUGCUUCAACAGCAGCAGCAGCAGCAGGAACAGGCACAGCAGCAACAGCAGCAGCAACCAACGAUGCAUCAUUCGAACUACUCGAUGGAAAGCGAGGAUGGUGAUGUGGAAGAUAACAAUCGUGGCCAUUCGCUGUCCAGCUCGAAGAGCAACCUGAGCGAUCACUCACUGAGUAUGCACAGCGUAAUGAUGUCACACCAGCAGGACUUGCAUUCCCAUCGACAGCAGAAAGCGAAAGUGCACCAGUUCCUCGUGCGGACUUUCUCCAGCCCAACGAAAUGCAAUCACUGCACAUCGCUAAUGGUGGGCCUAACGCGGCAGGGUGUGGUGUGCGAGCUGUGUGGCUUUGCCUGUCACAUGAUCUGCUGCCCGAAGGUACCGACCCAAUGUCCGGUACCGUCCGAUCAGACGAAACGUCCACUCGGGAUCGAUCCGACGCGUGGCAUCGGUACGGCGUACGAGGGUUACGUGAAGGUGCCUAAGCUGGGCGGCGUUAAGCGUGGCUGGGUGCGCCAGUUCGUCGUUGUGUGCGAUUUCAAGCUGUUCCUGUACGAUAUCUCCGCAGAUCGUAGCGCACUGCCGAGUGUGCACGUAACGCAGGUGUUGGAUAUGCGUGAUCCUGAGUUUACGGUUUCCGGUGUGCGUGAAAGUGAUGUCAUUCACGCGACGAAAAAAGAUGUACCGUGCAUAUUUAGAAUUACGACAUCCCUGUUAGAUGGUGGCCCUUCACUGCAAACGCUGAUGCUAGCGGACACGGAAUCGGAAAAGGCAAAGUGGGUCGUGGCGCUAAGCGAACUUCAUCGCAUACUGAAGCGUAACAAUCUACCGAACACGGCCAUGUUUCGUGUACGUGAAGUGCUCGACAGUACCGUGUCGGCGAUUCGUAACGCGCUCAGCGCACUGAUUAUCGAUCCAGAACGGAUACUCCUCGGUACGGAGGAUGGGCUGUUCUGUCUCGAUCUGGAUCGCAGUCAAAUCGCACGCAUCGGCGAAAGCAAGAAGGUGUACCAGCUGUGGUACAUUGCCGAAGAGCAGCUGCUGGUGAUACUGUGCGGUAAGCAGCGCCACCUGCGACUGUUACCCAUUCGUGCCCUCGAAACGGUUGACGUCGAGUGGAUAAAGGUGGCAGAAUCGAAGAAUUGCAUCACGGCCUGUACCGGUAUUAUCGAGCGCGGACCACAACCGGUGUUUUGUAUCGUGCUAGCUCUGAAGCGCCAAAACACGUCACAGAUUGUGGUGUACGUAGUGAAUCGAGAUCGGAGCCGGCAUCACAAGAUGUGUGAGUUUACGGUUGCAUAUCCUGUGCAGAGCUUGCAGGUUCUAUCCGACAUGCGGUUGGCUGUUGGACAUCAGAGUGGUUUCACCGCAUACUGUCUGCAGGGUGCGGCCAAAGCAAUGCCUUUAGUGCAUCCGGAAAAUCAAUUGAAUAAUUUUCUCAAUUUUUCGGGCGUUGAUGCGUGGCGAGUGAUUGAAAUACAGUCUGGCCACGGAGGCAAUGUGCACGGUGAAUAUUUGCUCGUAUUCCAAACACUCGCAAUCUACGUCGAUCUACAGGGGCGUAAAUCUCGCGAUCGCGAAAUCAUGUAUCCGGCUGUCCCUAAGCAUAUCACAUAUUGUGACGGACAUCUACUAGUCUAUUCGGAAACCCAUCUGGACAUCUUUAACACGCAAACCGCGGAAUGGGUGCAGUCAAUUGGUUUAAAACGUUCCCGUCCACUGAUGAACAAUGGCAGCCUUACGUUAACCUAUCUCAAUGACAGCGUACACGUCGUUUACCUAGCGAACAUGCAUACGAGAGAAUUGCUCAAUCUUUCCCCAUGUGAUCGGGAUGGUCGUCUGAAAUCGAAACGAUUUUCUUUGCGCGAACCUAAUCGAACAAUUCGCACGAGCACCGAUCGUCGCUCGAAGCUUAUCUCUGCUCCAACAAACUUCAACCAUAUCUCGCACAUGGGCCCAGGAGAUGGCAUACAAAAGCAGCGGUUGCUCGAUCUACCAACGACGAUCGAGACGGCCGACCAGAACACGCAACAGCAACGGAUUUCAACGAUGCGUCAUGCCCCACCACCACCCCGUGCACCUCCUCGUCCAUCCAUGAUCCAUCAACUGAAUGGAUCGAACAAUUCCCUGCCAGGUGCAAAACGUACCGCCCCUGCCAGGCCACGUGAUCAGCCUCCGUCGUUACCACGUUCACCUAGUCCGUUGGGAAGCAUGUCCUCACUACAUGACGUUCUUAAGGUUUCGGUUGCUGAUAUGCAAUCGGAAUCGAGGCAAAGUGUGGCGAGCAACAACUCCAGCUCGGUAUCUACGCCACCUUCCCCAACGAACGAUCGAUUAAGUUCAAGCUACGAUUCAUAAUGUUUCCUGAAAUAUUUCACCAAAUUGCUAACCAUUCGCUCCACGCUGGAACACAGCGGACGGUCGUUUUGCUUAAAGGGACCGCCAGCUUCACGCCAUUCGGGUUGCGGCGAAAUGGACGGAGCGGAUACUUAGCGACUAUGAGUGUGUUUUUGAUUAUUUUGUAUUGUUUUUUGUUAAAGCUUCAUAUAAAAUGCGCCAUAUAUCGUUACAUCGAGUUUCCGCGGAAGGAAGCAACCAACUUCACACCUGCAUUCAUUUUUCUUCCCACACACAACGAGUAGGUAAAGUGUUUGUUUUUUUUAGCUAAGAGUUCAAUUUUAAACUAACCAAUGAUCGAAGGUUCGUAGCAUGAGGUGCUAAGCAAAGAUCGAUGAUCUCUUUCCCCUGUCUAUCUCUCUAUUGCUGUCCAAACUUUAGUUUAAAUACGUUUUGUGUUAUAUUACAUUGUCAUUCAUUCCCUUACUCUCAUGGUGUUGGACACGCUACAUCUCUAUGCGAUCCAACUCUGUCAUUAGUAACGUGAAACAAACAAAAAAAAAACAAAAAAUCAGGAAACUGUAUCAAUUAUGACAAGCAAAUGAAUUGCGGUCGGGUUGUAGUCGAUUAAAUGAACAAACUUACUAACUAAUCGGUGGGUGUGAUUAUUAAUCACACGAAACGAGCAACCUCUUUAUUUUGCUGUGGAGUUCUUCUGCCGUGUUCCUUUGCGCUUUUCAGGUGCGUGUGCGUGUGUGUAUGCGGGAGUGUGUUGCACAGGUGGUACGAGACGGUAGUGGAGAGAGAAGGAAGCAAAAGACCUAUUGCUUGAAUCAUCCUUCCGUUACCAUUAGGAUGUUUAGCAAGUUAAAAAUGUGAAAAGAAAAAAUCGCCUAGUGUAUACUAUUGACAUUAAUAUCUCUCUACUCUACUAGAAAAUUAAUGCCAUGUAUUCCUGCCGCAUAAUAGUAUUUAAUAUUCAUUCCUAGAUACAAUACCACAUGCUGUAAAAAAAGUAUCACAACCGGUAAUGGUAGGGAGACGGUUUUCUACAAUCGUUCCUAUAGAAUAGCGCAGUCUAAAGAGAUUAGGAAAGCAUACAUUCACACUAUACUAUAACAGUUCUUGUUCAUCGCGUUACUCCCCUUAUCGACGAUUCGCCAAUGUUUCUUAAAUGUUUAAAAUCAUCGAAUUCCAAAACAACGAUCAUUUGCAAGGAGGGUGCAGCAUCGGUUGUCCAAAGGCAUAGCAUAACCUCAUCUUACUAAAUCUGUUUAGCGCCGCUUACUUCACACACUAUUACAUUGUACAUUGCGCGUUAGUAAACGAUCCCGUUCUGGUGGAUCCUACCGUACACACAUGCGCACGCACAGUUGCGCAAAACUACUAACCAAAAACAAGAAAAAAAAUGGACGCUGAACACUACCCGUACACGUUGCGAGAGUUUGCUACGUGUAUUCGCAAACACACAGAUGGUGCUUCCAAACCGUAGCAAUUUGCAGAACUAAACUGUAAGUUUCUAAUCGCUCGUCGGUGCGCGCGCACACGCAACGAAGAAAAGGGUGCGCAGUUGCUCCACGUUGGCCUGAAACAAGCAGCAAUGUGUCAAUAUACAAGAGUGAAUUUAGUGGUGAAUCGGUGUAAAAUUACAAAAUGAAAUCAAAUUAUACAUACCUUCAGAACAUUUACAUGCAUACAAUUAGUAACAAAAGUGAACUUGUGAAGCGGGCGCACUCCCGUGAUAGGAGCGUGUCCUUAUUGUGACUAGCAACGGUAGAAUGCAAGCGUUUAUGGCAAAAAAAACAACAAAACAAACACACAGAUAACGAAUACUAAAACCGCGCGGAAGAAAAAGAAAUGAAACCAUAAGGACAAUAUUUAGUAUUUUCAAUGCAGAUUAAUACUGCAUUUGUUGCAUAUUGUAUAACACGGAAUGUCAUGGGCUGAGCUAAGACAAGACAGUGACAAAGCCACAAAGAGGGGCUGCAACGAGAGAAGGGACGUGGGAAUGGGCGCCUGAUAUGUAGGGUUCCGAGUGCAUAAGUGUACUGAAUGGCGAUCGUAGUUAUGUACGUUUAAAAUAUCGAUCAUCAAUCAUAAAGUUCACACGCAUGCAUAAAUUAGCUAACGUUUACACUAUACGGUUUACUACUCACUGAUUGAAGCAAACGGCGUUGCAAGGCAUAUAUAAGGUAGUAUGCAAGGAACGAAUUAUUCAGCCCGUAGUUGGCGAAAGGAAAGAUGAAGGAAAUGAAAUUAAUGUCACAUUUCAAAAUGGUUUUAUGUAACUUAAAUUUAUCGCUUGUUUUAAAUCACUUCUAAACAACAACACGCGCCUAAAUUGAAGCUUAUAGUUUAUCGAUUGGUUUUACUUAGAAUCUGUUUUAAGAGCGCCCCCAAACGGUGACACUUACAAAUUGAUUGCGCCAUUCUUUUAUUGUCUGUUUGUUAGUGAAAAUCCUUUCGUUUUAUUUAUUUGAAUGUAUCAAUUAGCCCUUCAAAUUGAUGUUAAUUUAUGUGUAGUCGUUGAGAUGUGCAGCGUGAUACGUGACGUUAUAAUUAAUGCUAACGAAGGUAAUGGUAGAAAAACAAAACAUGAGUUCACAAAAUCAGCAUUCGAAAGCUAAGGACGGUUUCUUUCAGUUGCGGGCUGGGUCAAUUUUUGGGUGUGUAGCUGUCGGAUAAAGGUAUAAAGAUGCAAAGAAAACAACUGAACGGAAACAGUACAGAAUCGGGUGGGUAUUUGCUGCGCCUUACUGUACAUUUGUGCGAAGAAAAAGCAACCAUACGGUACAUUGUCAAGCGCUGAAAAACCUUUCCCAAAGGAAAAGUGAAUUGAUGCAAACGGCAACGAAUGUGAAAUAAGAAGAAAAACUUACAAGAUGCAUGACUCGAGUAGCAUUACGAAGAAUUAUGGAUGCGGAUACAAACUAAAAUAACAAAACGAGCCAAACAGAUUGAAAA